AUGAAGCCUAAAGGUCACACCUUGAGAAAAACCCAUUUCUUAAUACCCUUUGUCACCUCCAUCAAUUGCUCUGAUGUAGCAGACCUUCCUCACCAACGUCUCUCUGUUUUGUAUGAUGAGCUUACUCUCUUGAAAAGACGCAUGAAAGAUUUCAAGGAGGCAAGGACAACCGACACAAUCGAUCUGUGUUCCUUGUUUAAGCUGGUCCAAGUUUGGACAUGGGAGAGAUUCAAGGAACUACAGACAAAGCCUAAUCGUUUGCUAAAGGGUGAUGAGCCAAGAAUGGCUCGUUGGGAUGACCUGAAACAAGAGAGAGAGAGCAUUGUGAGGCAGAUUCUGGACAAGUCCAACAGUUUUGAGUGGCGUAGUUUUACCCUGAAGAAGCUAUGUGGGUAUCUGUUUCUCCCAAUCUUGAUGAUGAGUUUGUCUCCUUUGCUCGAUGCAUCAAGGUUUGUGAGCUUGUUGGAAUUGAUCUUGUGGAACAUUACUUUCCAAAUCGGGUGGCUUUACAGCUCCUGUUAA